ACCGUCAGCCAUUGGAUUCAUUUGUCGAGGAGGAGGAGGAAUCGUACGUACAUAAGAACCAAACCAGGGUCACCUUUCUUGUUUCUACACUUUAAGACUAUUCCCAGGCUGUAAAGGUGCAAUUCUCAGAGUGGAUUAGGUGUUUGUCGAUCUUCGGCAGCUUGUGUUUCCACUUCACCCGCCUGCCAACCAAAUGUUCAGCGACAGAUGACAGUGACAGGCAGGGUGUUGUUAGCAGUUCAUUGAUAAGAGAUAAACUGUGUUAAGGCGGCUGUCAGGCGCAGAUAAAACGGACAAUAACGGUCUAAACUCUGCAAUGUAGCGGCAAGAAGCUCUACAACUGCUCGGCUAUGGAUGCGGUGCUUUGACCUACCGGGCUAUGGGACUAAUGUUUCUCUGAGUGGACUGACUCAACAAGAAACACCUCGACACACCAUCGUUUGCUGAAUCUGACUGACCACUAAGGAACAAAAAUAUUUCUUUUAACUUGAGCUAUUAUCAACAAUUCAACUCGGACGAUGCGGCUUUUAAUUCGCAUGUCAAGGUGCUCACAUGGAGCGCAUUUGUCCAAACUCAAGCUACCACAGCCGAGGAUGCUGUGGCUGGAUCACCGUCUGACUCUCUCCGCUGCUUUCCGGAGGAAGAGACCGUGGACCGGGGUCAAGUCAUCAGUCCACCCGACAACUGCCUUCCCUUUCUGCUCACCCGGGCCCUUCAUGUCUGUCCUGUCCUGCAGUCCACUUAGGGGUCUUUCCAUACUCUGUCCACACACACCGACAGGCCGAGCACGGACAGUCACACACACACCUGUUGCCUUUGCCAGCUCUUCAGCCAGCUCUUCAGCCGCCUCUCCACCUACACCAGCCGGACCAGCGAAGACCCAGACGGACACGGACAGUGAUCAAACACCGACCACGGUUCCCCUGGAGGAUGUUAAAAGGAUUUUGCAACUUGCACACCCGGAGAGAUGGAGACUGGCAGCUGCUUUAGGCUUCCUAACUGUCUCCAGUGCUGUAACCAUGUCAGCGCCAUUCUUCCUGGGUAAAGUGAUCGACACCAUUUACACCACUGGAACAGACACAGAGACAAUGGCAGCCUCCCUGACAUCAUUAUGUAUCAUGCUGACCGGAGUGUUCCUGUGUGGUGGGGCAGCCAAUGCUGCCAGAGUCUACCUCAUGCAGACUUCAGGCCAGCAGAUUGUUCGUAAUCUCCGUGCCGCCCUCUUCUCCUCCAUCCUCAGACAGGAAGUGGCAUUUUUUGACAAGAAUAGGACCGGCGAGCUUAUCAACCGCCUCUCCGCUGACACCACCGUGGUGGGCCGCUCGAUCACUGACAACCUGUCAGACGGGCUGAGAGCCGUCGCCCAGGCAGUUGCUGGUGUCAGUAUGAUGUUCUAUGUCUCCCCCAGUCUUGCAUGCUUUGUGUUGCUGGUUGUUCCUCCUGUGGCCGGUCUUGCUAUAGUCUAUGGCAGAUACCUUCGCUCCAUCUCCAAACGCACACAGGAUGCACUUGCACAAGCCACACAGUUGGCAGAGGAGCGUAUCAGCAACAUGCGGACGGUCAGGGCUUUUGGUAAAGAGCUGUCCGAGGUCAACACAUACACACAGAAGACAGACCUGGUCCUCAGCUUGGCCCAAAAGGAGGCUGUUCUACGAGCUGGCUUCUUUGGAGUGACUGGUCUCAGUGGUAACAUGAUGAUCCUGUCAGUGCUGUACAAAGGAGGGCUUCUGAUGGCCAGCCAGCAUAUGACUGUGGGAGAGCUCUCAUCGUUCCUCAUGUACACCUUCUGGGUGGGCAUCAGUAUUGCAGGUCUGAGUUCAUUUUACUCUGAGCUGAUGAAGGGUUUUGGAGCAGGAGCCAGAAUUUGGGAGCUGCUGGACAGAAAGCCUGAGUUUCCUCUAAAUGAAGGCCUCAUGCUUCCUUCAGACCAGCUGAAGGGUCGGUUGGAGUUCUCUGAUAUCUCCUUUGCCUACCCGACCCGUAAGGAGGCUCCCAUUUUCCAGAACCUCAAUCUGCUGGUCCCAGCUGGUACCAUCAUGGCUGUGGUGGGACCCAGUGGCUCUGGAAAAUCAACCCUCGUCUCACUGCUCCUCAGGCUGUACGACACUGAUGCUGGCAUCAUCACCAUAGAUGGUCAUGACAUCAGAGAUCUGAAUCCCUAUUGGCUCAGGAGUCACAUUGGAACUGUCAGCCAGGAGCCCGUGCUGUUUUCUUGCUCUAUAAGAGAUAAUAUAGCAUACGGUGCAGUGGACCCGGACGCUGUGACCACAGAGGACAUCUACAGGGCAGCCAGAGUGGCCAACGCCUUUAAUUUCAUCCAGACUUUUCCUAAGGGCUUUAACACCGUAGUGGGGGAGAAGGGAGUGCUGUUGUCAGGUGGUCAGAAACAGAGGAUAGCAAUAGCCAGAGCUCUGCUCAAAAAUCCUAAGAUCCUGCUGUUAGACGAAGCUACCAGUGCAUUGGAUGCUGAGAAUGAGUUCUUGGUCCAGGAGGCCUUGGAGCGUCUGAUGGAAGGGAGGACGGUCGUGAUCAUCGCUCACCGUCUGUCCACCAUCCAGAAUGCGAACGCAGUUGCUGUACUGGACCAGCGGCGUAUAGCAGAGUGUGGCCAGCACACAGAGCUGCUAGGCAACAGGCAAGGACUGUUCAGAAAAUUGAUGGAGAAACAGGCAUUUCUGCAAGACGAACAGAAACGGGCACUUCGCUGAGAGGACAGGGACUACAGAGGAGUGGAUGAGGAAGAGGGAGAAACCAGGAGGUGAGAUCAAUUCCUGGAGAAAAGUGGCUUUGAUCUAGAAGGGGGGGGGAAGAUAUUGCCUGGAAUUAAUAGAGAUUGAUAAAAGCUGAAGGAAAGCAGAACUUCAUCUGUAAGGACUACAGAUACACACUAGAGAGAGGAGAACGGAAAACCACUGAGAAACAUUAAAUGGGUUUCUUAAAUGCUGCAGGUGUUUUUACACUGCUGAAAGAACUAUUUGGCACCACGUGAAGAGCCCUUUGGAAAGGAAACAGACAGGGUAAUCCACAGCGAAGACCUAAGAACUGGAACAUGGAUCAGAGAGCUCCUAGAGGUGCUUUAUUUUACAAAUAUCUAAUUAUGCGCUAAAAGACACGGUCUGAAUGAGAGUGAAAAGGAUACAUAAUAUAUCAUAAAUCAUUGUCACUACCAUACUUUUCAGGGAAAGCCAAAAUCCUGUUUUAAAUAGGUUAAUGUAACUGAAUGAAUCUGGUGGAAAUUACUUUCUUUCACUCCUAUGGCACACUGUAGUCUGUUAUCACUUGAUGAUUUUUACAACCAAACCAAAAACAGUCCAGUAUCAUGUAUACAGAACUGCUAAAUGUGUAUUUGUGUCGACAUAUUAUGGAUUUUUAAAACUUGAAGCUUACAUGCAGAGCCUUUUACAGUCAUUUUGGGGUUUAAACCCGCCAAAUGAAGCAGCUAUUUGUGUUGUUGUAAAACAGGACCGAACACUAUAAGGACAUGAAGUUAAUGUAUGCCCAUCUGCCAUGAAAAAUAUUAGUCAUUGUCCACUGCUGAGGUGCUACACAUCUAACAACAUGAUUUCUCUCAUCAAGGAUUUGAUCUCAGUUGAUCAUAUUUACACUGGGAUGGGUUUGUGUUUAGAUUCAGUUAGUUUUUCUUUCUCUGGGUUUAAGUGUCAGCUCUGAAACUGCUCAACUUUACCAUAUUUUAUAUGUCAAAAUAAAUAAAGUGACUUGGGAAAGUUGUUUGAGGCCUGCUAAACAGCCUUUUUCUGGUAGAUGUUCUGCUGCUCUCGGGGAGGAAGGGUACAGGAGACAUGUCAUCAAAGUCAGAGCUGGUCUGUGUCAUGAUCUCACCCCCCCUCUUAACAAGUAUCCCAUUGUCUAAAAUCACUAAUCCUUUAAUUUUUUACUUUCUUGGUCUAAUCUAUAAACGGUGGAAAAAACAGAAACCAACAUUACAACUUAAACAUGUGAGUGUACAGCAUUUCUGACUGUAUACUGUUGACCACUGUGUCUGUCAGUGUGUGACGUGAUCGUCUCUUCCAUGCUCUCUUCAUUGGUCAGUGUUUACAGAGUGUACACUUGGCCAACGUUAAAUUCUAUGUAAACAGCCCUAAAACCACGUACAUGUUAGCCAGGUAAAUAUUAUAGCUGGCUUAGAGGGCCCGGCUAAGAAGUAAGGAUUCUUCUCAGUAAAUAUUUGCCUGGUAAAUGCCCACUUCACUGCUCAGGGGGAGUCUGGAGCGGAGUUUUAACACCAGACAUGCAAAUGCCCUUAGUUUGAAUUCCCCACCGCUCUAAAGGGACUGUAGAUUGGAUUGUUUCUAGAAUUGCUUGUGACUACAACUAGUUGUCUGAUGAGAAGCUCUAAGCAACAUUGCUUUGCAGCACAGCAUAUAUAGAAAUAUUUCCAAAUGAUCACAUAUUAUUUAAGUCUCUGUACUAUAACAAAACUAUAUUUAAAACUAUAUUUCCCAUAUUUGUAUUGUCUAUUUCUUUCUGUCUUCUAUUGUGUAUUAAUAAAUUAUUGAUUGCCUUGGACCUUGUCUCUGAACAUCACAUGUCCAGAGACUUGUGUUGUGGUUCCUGUGGAAGUAAGUUGGUAAUAUUACCAAAACCCUGCCCAUUCAAAUUAAAUAGAAAUAAUUCAUGUUUUGUUAAUAAAGUAAAGUAAACACUGACGGUGCUCGUAAGUUUGCCAAAUAAUGAUACAUCCAUGUCUUUUAACAGAUCACAGAAGACUGAAGGUUGUUAUUUUUUAAACUUGUAUAAGUUAUAAAUAAUAUCACCUAAAUGAUGUAUGAUAGAUUUUUUA